GUCCCAUACUGAGUAUGCCUACGUCUACUCUCUCGUACAGCAUGUGGCCUACCAUGAUACCUUGAUACAUCUCGCGACUCCGUCCAUUGUGCGGUCUCGCGAUCUACUGCUGCGCACCAACUUCCGCGUCUUGCGAGCUCCGUCACUCGGCAUGUCAUACAAUUGUCGGGCCUAGGACCGUGGCAUUGAAGAUUCGCCGGCCGCGCUUCCUUCUGCGGCAUCGGAUAAGCGGUUGCCGAGCUUCUUAGAUGCAACAGCCACCGCCACAGCCUGGGGAGCUAGGCGCCAUGAGAGUCGGCUCAUCUGUCCAUCAGGCUGAGCAUAGAAAGUCUCACAAGAAAUGAAACAUCACACCAUGAAAGGACGACUGGGUUUUUCAGCGACGAUUGUUGCCAAGUAUCAUAUGAAGAGUUCACUUCUCCCACAAACACUACUACGUUGGAACCACACAAGCCGGAAGAUGCCCGCCAAUCCGACCUCUCCUCAACCACUCUACGAAUAUGAACCGCUUAACAGCGCCAGCUCAAUCCGCUUGAUCAAGAUUCACGGCGUUGAUGACGGCAAGAUAUCAUAUUCCCUAGUACAAGCAGAGCUCCGAUCUGCACCUCCAUACAUUGCUCUAUCCUACGUCUGGGGCUGUCCAUCCAUUAAUCAUCAUUCACUGCAAUCGGCAUUGAAGGAUACGCUCAGAUUCCUAGACGAAGAAUUUGCGGCUAUUGAUCCGGACACACCAGAAAUAUCCGGUCCAGAUGAACCGCUUAUCUGGGCAGACGCCAUCUGCAUCAACCAGGACGCCCCGGAAAAGAAUGUACAGGUCCCACUCAUGACCGAUAUAUACUCCAAGGCAGCCCUUGUAGUCACAUACAUGGGGCCAGAGGAAGAGGAUUCUCGAGCUGGCUUUGAGCUUCUAGCCAAGUUAGCGAGGUUCUACGCCAUCCGGAGAAAGGGCUCGUUCACCAUGCUCCAUAACUACGAUCUCGAGUACCUCGAGCUACCUUCAUCAGACCAUCCUAGCUGGCACGCAAUCAGGAAAAUAUUCCGACGGCCAUGGUCCAGCAGGGCUUGGAUUGUACAGGAAUUCGUCGCUAACCUGUCCAUUGUAUUGGUAUGCGGAGGGUUCAGGAUGGAGGAGUGGGUACUUUACCAAAUAGUAGACUUGGCUCUCGAGGGCUCCCUUCCCGAAGAAUGCAUAUUCAGCUACACGGAACGAGAUUUGGAGGGAAAGUUCGCUAGUCAAGGCUCCGGAGUGGACCGUAUUCAUACACUCGGCUCACUUCGCAGCUAUUACCUUACGGAAAAGGGUUUCAAUCAGUCUCUCUGGCAGCUACUCAGGACGUGUCAUCAGUGGGAUUGUGGUGACCCGAGAGACAAGGUCUUUGCAUUUCUCAAUCUCGCUACCGACUGCGAUGCGCUUAAUAUCUGUCCCGAUUAUUCAGACUCCACAACCGUCAAGGACCUCUACACCACGACUGCCGUCAGAAUACUCGAAAACGAUACCACGAUUGAUCUUUUCAGCAGCAUAGCUGUGUCCAAACGUAUCCCUCUUCCGAGCUGGGCGCCCGACUGGUCGUACUGUCCUGCUGAAAUCGCUCUUCCGCUUAUCCGCCACGCUGAAUCCCCAAGCGAAGGACUCUACUGCGCCAGCGCAGACCUAGCGUCGGAGGUCUCGUUCGACGAAAGCUAUGCGCAGCUGACUACGAAGGGUUCUAUAAUCGAUCAGCUUGCCGUUGUGUCAGAUAAUUACAUCCCACUCGUGGCCGGGUUCUUCUCCCCUCAGUGGGACGAAAAGAUGCGUCCGCUACUCGCGCAAGAAUUUCAGACCAUAUGGACCGCAGUCAUUUGUGCUGGAAACCAGAUCUAUGGGGACCAAGGUGGAUUCAUGAACGCUUUCUGGAGGACACUCAUCACCAACGUCACGCAUGAGGAUAAAGAAGCAACAUCAGAGUACGAGCUACAUUCUGACGCCUACACUAUGGAACUUGAACACAUGGACCAGCCUUCCGACGCCCGCACACGACGCAUGGCCUGCGAGUUCGCAAAAGCAAUAGAGCUUGCGUUUAGUGGAACCUCCAUUGGCGUUACCAAGCGAGGGUACAUUUGUCGGGUACCAGAGGGAGUACAUGCGAACGACACGGUUGCCGUGUUGCGAGGUGGAUGUGUCCCGUUCGUUCUACGCCCGGAAGGGGACGGAAUACUUAAGAUCCUUGGGGAGGCGUAUGUGCAUGGCUUGAUGAAAGGAGAGGCUUUGCAGUUCAGUGAUCUGUCCGACGAGAUACGUUUGGUUUGA